UAUAAUAGUAUAACCUUAUUCUUACUUUAAUAUUUUACAUUUCGAUAUUCAUUGGAAAUAUUAUAAGAAAUAGUAAAAAAACCCUAUAACGAGUUAAAAAAUGAUUUUCCAGUUGGUGAGGAGCCUACACACAGGUCCUAUCUGCCGUGCAGCGGAGUCCUCUCUCUUAGCUAAAUUAAGAAAGAAAACCGGAUAUACCAUUGCUAACUGCAAAAAGGCCCUUGAAAUGCAUAACAAUGACACUGAUAAGGCAGAAACAUGGCUCAAUGAACAAGCUCAGGCAAUGGGAUGGGCGAAGGCCACAAAAUUAGCAGGCCGCUCGGCCCUACAAGGACUGGUUGCUGUGAAGUUUGACAAGAGCCAUGGUGCUCUUGUAGAGCUCAACUGUGAGACAGACUUUGUUGCUAAGAAUGAUAAGUUUCAAAAGAUGAUUGAAGAUGCAACACUGGCUUGUUUCAAGUUUGCUCACACUAACAUGCAAUCAAAGGGACCUGUCACAAAGAUGGAGUUAGACAGUGAGCAAUUGGGAAAUUUAGCGGCUGAAGGAGGGAAGAAACUUUCAGAAAUAUUAGCAUUGUUCAUUGGCUCAGUUGGUGAGAACGCUGUGUUGAGGAGAGCAGAAUGCUGGAAAGCUAACAAUACUGAUGUCAAAAUCGCCGGCUAUACUCACCCUGCACCAUCAGUCGUAGGCGACUACUCCGCAGGGAAAUAUGGAGCUUUGCUAGCGUAUAGACAGGCCAAUGAUCAUGAAGAUAUUGGCAAACAACUCUGCCAACAUAUUGUAGGCUGUGCACCGACAAAGAUUGGUGACAAAGAAGCAGAUAAACCAGCAAAGAACUCAGAUGAUGAAACAUGUCUGAUAUACCAAGAAUACUUACUGGACCCCUCGUAUACAGUAGAAGAGGUUUUGCAACAAAAUAAAGUGGAAAUCAUAGAUUAUAUUAGAUUUUCAUGUGGAGAAGUCGCAGAAGCUUCUAUGCCAGGUGUAGAGAAGCAACCAUUAGAUACAGUACAAACUGUUCAGUAAACUAGAGUAGUCCUCGCAAAUAUUAGAAAUUAUAUUG